AUGGCGCGGAUCGAGGUCGGAUCCCGGGUGGAGGUCGACCGACCUGGCCCUGAUUUGGGGCCCAAUCAGGCUAAGUCUAGCCUUAAUUCUGACCUAGCGUCCGUCCGUAGCCUCCCCAGAUCCCAGUGGGCUGCAGUGCCUGAGUGCAGAGGGUCUGAGUCAGAGUGCCACGCCACCACAGGAAAAGCCCAGCUGAAAGAGGUCAUGGCCGCUACAGCCCUUACGAGCCUGUCUACCAGCCCCUCUGUCACCUUCAGCAGCCCAGGUGAGAUUCAGAAAUCUAUGCUCAACUAUGGACAGGGUCCAGAACUUCUGCUAUUCCGGGAUACUGAAGCCACCAAGCCUCUCUAUGGGACAUGGAAGGAGGCCCUGGUUCAUCUCUCAGGCAGCUACAGCAGCAGCAGAAGCAACAGCGGGGGUAGGCUGGGCUGGGUGGUGACUGUUGCUGGGCUCCCAUCACUCCAGGGCUUUAUUCAGGUCACGUUCCAGUGUCUGCGGAAGAGAGGUGGAAAGGUGCCGAGUACAGCAUCUCCAUCAGGGAUGGAGACACACACCCACCUGGUGCACCUGCGGAGACAGGCGGAGCCAGAGCAGAGUGAAGGGGAGGAAGUAUACUACAUGGAGCUGGAUGUUGGCGUGGACAUGCGGGCUGACCCAGGGAAGCCCUGGGGUGAUGCCAAGGAGUGCCAGAAAGUGUACUGCAGGGACCACAGGGUCCUGUGGUGCACAGCCUGCCAGCGGUUCCUGGACUGA